UGCAGAGGUAGACUGAGGGGACCAAAUGUCAGCUACCCACUUCCUCAGCUUCUCUCCUCACCUCACCACCACCUGCCCACAGCCAGCCCAGGAGCCCCAUCUCACUGGCAGUGUGCGGUCAGUGGAACAGGAGGCUGGGCUGUGCCCACUGGGUACCCACUCUCAGGGGCAGGGGGAACAGACACAGAACAGGCCAUCCCCUGACCCCUACACCCACUUCCUUGGCCCCUGGGGGCGGGAAGCUUGGCUUGGCUUCCGUGCAGGGCUUGGCAGUCUGCCCAGCUGGAUGCCAGCCUCAGGCCAGGCCAGGAGCCAUGUGCCUGCCUGCUCCUCUGCCAGCGUCCUCCCCUCCAGGUGCUGCGCCCAGGCACUCUGGGCUUCAGGCUGCUGGGCUCGCACUAACACAUCUGUUUCAGGUCCACGCAGGAGCGCUGGGACGCGUGUGGCCUCUAACCGCUCUCUUCUCUCUCCCCUGCAUGGCCUACCAUGUGCCAGGACCCCGCUCUGGACACGAACGGCAGCCUGGUGGCACCCAGCCCCAGCCCUGAGGCGAGGGCCAGCCCAGGCACCCCAGGCACCCCGGAGCUCAGGCCCACCUUUAGCCCUGCCUUCUCCCGGCCCUCCGCCUUCUCCUCACUCGCCGAGGCCUCUGACCCUGGCCCUCUGCGGGCCAGCCUGAGGGCCAAGACCAGCCCAGAGGGGGCCCGGGACCUACUCGGCCCGAAAGCCCUGCCGGGCUCAAGCCAGCCGAGGCAAUAUAACAACCCCAUUGGCCUGUACUCGGCAGAGACCCUGAGGGAGAUGGCUCAGAUGUACCAGAUGAGCCUCCGAGGGAAGGCCUCGGGUGUCGGACUCCCAGGAGGGAGCCUCCCUAUUAAGGAUCUUGCCGUAGACAGCGCCUCCCCUGUCUACCAGGCUGUGAUUAAGAGCCAGAACAAGCCGGAAGACGAGGCUGACGAGUGGGCACGCCGUUCCUCCAACCUGCAGUCUCGCUCCUUCCGCAUCCUGGCCCAGAUGACGGGGACAGAAUUCAUGCAAGACCCUGAUGAAGAAGCUCUGCGAAGGUCAAGCACCCCUAUUGAGCAUGCGCCGGUGUGCACCAGCCAGGCCACCACCCCACUGCUGCCCGCUUCUGCCCAGCCGCCUGCUGCUGCCUCUCCCAGUGCGGCUUCGCCACCCCUGGCCACAGCUGCUGCCCACACUGCCAUCGCCUCCGCCUCCGCCACAGCCCCUGCUUCAAGUCCUGCUGACAGCCCAAGGCCCCAGGCCUCUUCCUACAGCCCUGCAGUGGCCGCCUCUUCAGCACCUGCCACCCACACCAGCUACAGUGAGGGCCCCGCCGCCCCUGCACCCAAGCCCCGGGUUGUCACCACUGCCAGCAUCCGGCCUUCUGUCUACCAGCCAGUGCCUGCAUCUACCUACAGCCCGUCCCCAGGGGCCAAUUACAGUCCCACUCCCUACACCCCCUCGCCUGCCCCUGCCUACACCCCCUCACCUGUCCCCACCUACACUCCAUCCCCAGCACCAGCCUAUACCCCCUCACCUGCCCCCAACUAUAACCCUGCACCCUUGGUGGCCUACAGCGGGGGCCCUGCAGAGCCUUCCAGCCGUCCCCCCUGGGUGACAGAUGACAGCUUCUCCCAGAAAUUUGCCCCGGGCAAGAGCACCACCUCCAUCAGCAAGCAGACCCUGCCCCGGGGGGGCCCAGCCUACACCCCAGCGGGUCCCCAGGUGCCACCACUUGCCAGGGGGACCGUCCAGAGGGCUGAGCGAUUCCCAGCCAGCAGCCGGACUCCACUCUGCGGCCACUGCAACAAUGUCAUCCGGGGCCCAUUUCUGGUAGCCAUGGGCCGUUCUUGGCACCCUGAAGAGUUCACUUGUGCCUACUGCAAGACUUCCCUGGCAGAUGUGUGCUUUGUGGAAGAGCAGAACAACGUUUACUGUGAGCGAUGUUAUGAGCAAUUCUUUGCCCCGCUGUGUGCCAAGUGCAACGCCAAAAUUAUGGGGGAAGUAAUGCAUGCCUUGAGACAGACAUGGCACACCACCUGCUUCGUCUGUGCGGCCUGCAAGAAGCCUUUCGGGAACAGCCUCUUCCACAUGGAAGACGGGGAGCCCUACUGCGAGAAAGACUACAUCAAUCUGUUCAGCACCAAGUGCCAUGGCUGCGAUUUCCCCGUGGAGGCUGGCGACAAGUUUAUCGAAGCCUUGGGCCACACCUGGCACGACACCUGCUUCAUUUGCGCAGUCUGCCAUGUGAAUCUGGAGGGGCAGCCGUUCUACUCCAAGAAGGACAGACCCCUGUGCAAGAAGCACGCACACACCAUCAACUUGUAGGCGGCCAAGGCUGCCUGUGCUGACGAGGCCCGGAGCUGCUCCUGCUGCUGGCAACAAAGGAUUCGGGAGGCUGAUGUUUCUUCUGAGGGGAAUGGGGAGAGAAAGGAAGCGACUGAGCCCUUUGGAAGUAUAAUUUUAGGUUUUUUCUUCUGUACACAGAUCGUGUAUUUGCAUAGUUCAGACUAGGAGCCAAAUGAAGACUCAAAACCAAACUAGUUAUUAAUCCAAGACUGGAAUUGUACUUCAGACAUUUAGAGCAGAAUUCCAAGAACUCAAAAGUGAAAAGCAACAAGCAGCUUUCCCAAAGCGAUACACUUGCUGUGGUCACCAGAGAAGGACAGAGCUCAGAGCAGCUGUGGAGAAUCUGAAGCAUUCUGCGGAGUUCUUAAGCGCUCCCCUGGCAAACAAAUUGAAGUGCCAAACAGCACUCAGUGCAGGGUAUUUUUAGAGUCAUAGCUGAGAGCUUGUUAGCUAAGACCCACUGGGCUUUCCUCACCAAAAAAGGAAGUGUUAUUCCAUUACUAGCGUCAUGGAGCUACCUCUGCGCAUCAGACUUCAGACCUUGAACAAACUUAAAACCUUCUAAUGGGAGCCCGGACGUCCAAAGAGAUGUCUUCUGGGAGCCACUGGGCAAUUGCCAGGGCUCCAGGAAGGGCUCUGGCUCAGGUUGCAGACCGCUGAGAAAAGAUGGCCCUGUCAGCCACCCUCUCUCAGUCCGAAACAUCCAACAUCCCCAGAAGGCUUAGCUCCUUUUUGAAUUGUGAUGGGAAAGUAGAAUUGGGUUUUUCCAAUUUUGCUCUGUGGUGUGUGAGAGAUUUUUUAAAGGCUUUGAGUUGUCUUUGGCCUUUGUUUAGCUUUAAGGGUUCAUUAGCAUGAGUGUCUAGUCAUGUGCAUGAAUUUCACCCCAACCUGUGACUGCUCACUUAUGACGUCUCCCCCAGUACCCUCCAUCUCAAACAGGCUUGGUAGCCUGUGGAAAAGAAGAGAGACAGAGAGACUGUCUGAAACAGGAUGGCAGAAUAGGCUCACAUGCCCAAACUCUGGGUGGGGAAGAGGAAACUUACUUUCUGCUACCCUCAGUAAGAACACAUGAGGAGGCAGGACCUCCCACCUUCAGGUCUGCAUCAUCCUUUUCAAAUGUUCCUUUAAACGCAGCACACUGAGUUUGUACAAUUGUGUUAACUGCUGGAAGGAACAGAUGCACUGAUAUAUAUGCAUUUGCUGUUUUGGCCAAUAUUUUGAAAAUGUAUGAGCUGAGUUGAUCUAGCUAUUAUUUAAGUAUUUAUUGAAGUAGAGGGGCCUUCAAACUACUUUAUACUAGUGAUAGUUUGAGUUAGGUAAGCAUCUUAAAGCUGUUUGGUGAUUGAUAAAGAAGGCAGCUUAGAUUCUGUGGUUGGAAACAGUGUAGUCACUUUCCUUUUUAGGAAGCCCUGUUAAUAUGCUCAUCGAAAACAUGGCAUUGAAGCCGGCAGUUUGCAUGGAUGUUUCUCACUUGAGCACGAUAUUUAGGCUCUCUUCCAACUCACUCUAUUCUGUCCUCACUCCUGUUUUGGAUUUUUCUCUUUGCACGUUUGAAAUGUUUUAUGGGAAUGUAUUAGAACUCUUUUCUUCUAAGGACUGAGACUUCCACGGGACUGCCAUCUUACCUGAGUGUCUCUUCUCCAUGAGGGAGAAGGAAGCAGCUAGCUGUGUCCCUAGCUGCAGGAAGUCCCUAUUUUUUCCAAGCACGAAGCCACCCGUCUCCCCCAGGGAGCACCAGGGAGGGACAUGGAUGUGCUCCUGCCACAGGGCCCUUCCUACCUUUGGAUCUGUGAGAAGGUGAAUACAAAGCAGCAGGCAGAGUAAAAUCUGCUGGGACUGCCUGGAGAUUUGUCAGGAGUUGCAGACAAGUACCUUGCAGCAUUCUGUUAUUUUUGGAAAGUUCAAAUAUGCAGGGACAAGGAGGUUGUUACUGACUGUACUGACAGGCUCUAAGUCGUUUUCUCAAAAAACUAUCUAUUCAAUUAUCAGGGACUAGUCUUGAGGAAAGAAAAAAAAAAAAGUUCCCAGAAUUCAGUUUCCAAAAUCUCUUUUUAAAGGUUUUACACACACACAUGCACACACACACACACGAUCAUUAAAAAGUGUAUGAUCAUUAAGAAGAAAAGUAAAAUAUCUCAAAGGACAGUUUCACCACAGUCCUUUAUUGAAUCAAUUUUUCUGCAUUUCAGAGCAAUUGUAGAUUCUGAGGGACUCUUAUUUGCCAAAAAGACAAAACUAGCAAAAAAAAAAAAAAACACUUAAAAGGUAGUAGGAAAAGAAGGUAGUUUUGAAUGUGGUUCACUCAGUGUCUGUGAGUCUGGUGUAGUGUCAGGAGUAAGGCUGUGUCUAGUUCGUUUACAUUGUGGAUGUCCUACAACACUAAACAAAAUUUUUCAUAAUCCAUGGUGGGGAGCACACUUUGGAGCUACAGUUCUUGUCUCCUCAUUGUUGACAUUAAUUUAACAUUUAUAGGCCAGGCGCAGUGGCUCACGCCUGUUAUCCCAGCACUUUGGGAGGCCGAGGCAGGUGGAUCACCUGAGGUCAGGAGUUUGAAACCAGCCUGGCCAAUAUGGUGAAACCCCAUCUCUACUAAAAAUACACAAAAUUAGCCGGGUGUGGUGGCAGGCGCCUGUAGUUCCAGCUACUUGGGAGGCUGAGGCAGGAAUCUCCUGAAUCCUGGAGGCGGAGGUUGCAGUGAGCCGAGAUCAUGCCAUUGCACUCCAGCCUGGGCAACAAGAGUGAAACUCCGUUGCAAAAAAAAAAAAAAAUUAUAACCACAACUUUUUGCAAUGGAGUGACUUAUAUCUGCAGCUUAUAUCUGCAGUGUUUGUGUUAGGAACCUAGCUUUUAUAAUGUUAACUUUUUAACUCAGUAUUUGGGAUUUAUUGUUUUGUUUUUGGAAAAAUUUCAGAAGUGGAAUGUAGCGUGUUAAAGGUGUGCAUAAAAAUAUUUUGCAUGUGCUUUUUUUUUUUUUUGCCUGUGUGAAUUCUACUUUUUAGCAAAAAUAAAGCCCUCCAAAGGAUGUGAAAAUACAGAUUUUUCUGUGUAAAGUUUUCCAUGUCACAUCAGAAGUAGCUUACUUCUAUAUGGCCACAAAUAAAAUUGGAGACAAAACAAAACAUUCUGUGGGAAUAAACACAACUUGCUUGCCCUGAUGCUCAAUAGCAGUGUAAUCACCACUUUUAACCAGACAAGGAUAUGUGAAUAACACGAAUGUUCUGCAUACAAAGGGAAUCACCAGGCAAAUAAUAAACCGAAGACCUCGUCUCACAUUAUAUUUUCAUAAAGGUUUAUUUACUUAGCUACUUGGCGGUAAAAUAUUCCCAAUUAAUUUAUUUCUGUUCUGCUCUAAAUGGCUUCAUUUCUAGAAAAGUUGUCAUAUUUCCUCUUACAUCAUUUGUUUUCAAGUAAGUUCAGAGUAAAAUCCUCUCAUAGAAUUUUUUUUUCCUUUUAAUAGUGAAGACCCUUCUGAGGGUACUAUGUUUAACAAAAUCAAACUCAUUCUUUUUCAAGGUAUUCUGUUUCUAGGAAUUACUGAAAAGUAAAGGGAAGUUGUACAUACCGUAUUUGAUUUUUAGCACCUGAAUCAGACUUUGAAAGAGCUGUGCAAUUACAAACAGAAAUCACAUCUCAUCAUUUUAGUACUUCUUAAAGCUAUAACAAUUUUAAAAAUAGAUGAUGGAGAAGAAAAGGCUCCUACACUCACUAACACACACACACAAAUACUAAUAGCCCAGAAAUAUGAACCAAAAAUUAGAAUUUGGUAUAAUUAACUUGUACAUAAUUUCUGCCCUCCUAAGGAUUUAUGGACAGAAUAAAUAUUGUUUGCUUAUUUGCUCAUUCAUUCUUUCAACAUUUAUUGAGCACCUACUAGUGACAUGAACAGGCACUGCUCUGGACACUGACAACACAACAGUGAGUACAGCAGACAAAAACUUGUGCUCUCGUGGAGUUUACAUUUUUUUUUUGACUUUUUUUUUUUGAGACAAAGUCUCACUCUGUCUUCCAGGCUGGAGUGCAGUGGUGCAAUCUUGGCUCACUGCAACCUCCACCUCCUGCAUUCAAGUGAUUCUCCUGCCUCAACCUCCUGAGUGGCUGGGACUACAGGUGCCUGCCACCACAUCCAGCCAAUUUUUGUAUUUUUAGUAGAGACAGGUUUCGCCAUGUUGGCCACGCUGGUCUCGACUCCUGACAUCAAGAAAUCUACCUGCCUUGGCCUCCCAGAGUGCUGGGAUUAUAGGAGUGAGCCACUGCACCCGGCCGACAUUCUUUUUUUCAAAAAAAAGUUAUCUAUUUUUAUUAAAAAAAAUUUUUUUUGAAACAGAGUCUUACUCUGUCACCCAGGCUAGAGUGCAGUGGUGCAAUCUCAGAUCACUGCAACCUCCGCCUUCCGGGUUCAAGUGAUUCUAGUGCCUCAGCCUCCUGAGUAUCUGGAAUUACAGGUGUGCACCACCAUGCCUGGCUAAUUUUUGUAUUUUUAGUAAAGACAGUGUUUUGCCAUGUUGGCCAGGCUGGUCUCAAAUUCCUGACCUCAAGUGAUCUGCCCACCUCGGCCUACCAAAGUGCUGGGAUUAUAGGCAUGAGCCACUGCGCCUGGCCUGCUUUCUUGUAAAAACAAUUUAUUUUAUAACUAUUAACUUCACUGUCUGAUCCUAGUUAAGCCUCUAUUAACACACAUAUGAAGGGUUAUCUGAGAAUAAAGAUCAUGGGUUAAUCUAUCUACUGAGCUUGUGGAAUAAAUCCUGCCAUUAAUUUUGUCAAGGCAAUCAGUGACUUUCUGAGCCAUCGGACAGAAUGUCUUCAGUUCAGUGCUGUCCUCUGAGCCUCAGGCUCAUGUGUCCAGAUCUUGCCUCACUGCCUCACGUGGAUGUCCCACAGCCACCCAAGCCCACCUACUUCACGGGUUGGAUGGUUGGCCGUCUGUAUGUGCUUCUAUCCUUUCUUCUGAUACAGACCCUGCCCCUUUAGGUGCAGUGAUUGGUUCAAGAAGUGGGUUUGUGAACCAGGCCAGAACAAUCAGAAUUCUUCUUCCCUGAGACUGCUAAAACCAGAUCUUGGAAAGAGAUUCUCUUCUCUUACUGGUGGCUGAGCUGGAAGAAUGAGUCCAACAGGCCCUCUCUUCCCUCUCGUGUGAAGAAAGUCUGUUUGCUCUAGGAGAGAAAGAAGCCAACAGGCACUGGGAAGCAAAGAGUUGAAAUGAGAGAGACAGAGUGUUCUGCCAGUGUGACGGUUCCUGGAUCUUGUCAUUCCCAAGGCUCCAUAGUUAUCUUUUCCUUGGUUUGCUCAAUUUCCCCUUUAUUCUUUUUUUUUUUUUUUUUU